AAUUCAGCAGCAUGGAUCAGUGUGAGGACAGAGAGGAGGGAGUCCCUCCCUCUAAAACCACUCUGUGUGGGGAACAUGAGAGCCAGACCAAAGCUCAGAGGAAGCAACCUGGACCUCAACCCAGCUGUGUGUCCUUAAAGAGUGACCAGUCUAAAAAACGCUUGAUUGAAUUUAAGGAACAACCCUCUGCUGCAGAGAGAGUGGACCAGGAGAGCUCAGAAGUUCCCAGCGGUCAGUCUGCCCAGCAGCAGCAAACACAUCUGGACUCCAUAUUUAUGAUGCUGGAAGAUGACAUCAUUACUUUUGUGAAGAAUGAACUGAAGACGAUCCACAAGGUUUUGCGUCAAGAUUACCCAGAAUGGGCAGAGAGACAAAUAGAAGAUGAGGAAGUAUUAGCGGGUGAGGAUGAAGAGCGGCGGAAAAACAGCAGAGAUGCGGUUUUGAAGAUCACAUUGGACUUCCUCAGGGGAAUGAAGCAGGAGGAGCUGGCUGACAAACUGCAGAGCAGAACUCCCACUGUAAUUUGUCAGAACCAAAAAUCAGUUUUAAAAGAGAAGUUCCAGUGUGUGUUUGAGGGGAUUGCUAAAGCAGGAAAUCCAGCACUUCUGAAUCAGAUCUACACAGAGCUCUACAUCACAGAGGGAGGGACUGCAGAGGUCAAUGAUGAACAUGAGGUCAGACAGAUUGAAACAGCAUCCAGGAAACCUGACAGACCAGAAAAAACAAUCAGACAAGAAGACAUCUUUAAAGCCUCACCUGGAAGAGAUGAACCAAUCAGAACAGUCCUGACAAAGGGAGUGGCUGGCAUUGGGAAAACAGUCUUAACACAGAAGUUUACUCUAGACUGGGCUGAAGACAAAGCCAACCAGGACAUCCAGUUCAUAUUUCCAUUUACUUUCAGAGAGCUGAAUGUGCUGAAUAAGGAAAAGUUCAGCUUGGUGGAACUUGUUCAUCACUUCUUUACUGAAACCAAAGAAGCAGGAAUCUGCAGCUUUGAAGACUUCCAGGUUGUGUUCAUCUUUGAUGGUCUGGAUGAGUGUCGACUUCCUCUGGACUUCAACAAAACUGAGAACCUGACUGAUGUUACGGUGUCCACAUCAGUGGAUGUGCUGCUGAUAAACCUCAUCAGAGGGAAACUGCUUUCCUCUGCUCACCUCUGGAUAACCACACGACCUGCAGCAGCUAAUCAGAUCCCUGCGGAAUGCAUUGACAGGGUAACAGAGAUUAGAGGGUUCCCUGAUACACAGAAGGAGGAGUACUUCAGAAAGAGAUUCAGAAGUUGGUGGAAGGCACACAAUAUCAUCUCCCACAUCAGGACAUCACCUAGCCUCCACAUCAUGUGCCACAUCCCAGUCUUCUGCUGGAUCACUGCUACAGUUCUGGAGCAUGUGCUGAAAACCAGAAAGUGGAAUACGAUGCCCAAGACACUGACUGAGAUGUACAUCCACUUCCUGGUGGUUCAGGCCAAAGUGAAGAAGGUCAAGUAUGAUGGAGGAAUGGAGACAGAUCCACACUGGACAGCAGAGAGCAGGAAGAUGAUUGAGUCUCUGGGAAAACUGGCUUUUGAUCAGCUGCAGAAAGGAAAUCUGAUCUUCUAUGAAUCAGACCUGACAGAGUGUGGCAUCGAUAUCGAAGCAGCCUCAGUGUACUCAGGAGUGUUCACACAGAUCUUUAAAGAGGAGAGAGGACUGUACCAGGACAAGGUGUUCUGCUUCAUCCAUCUGAGUGUUCAGGAGUUUCUGGCUGCUCUUCAUGUCCACAUGACCUUCAUCGACUCCGGAGUCAAUCUGCUGGAAGAAAACCAAACAACCUCCAGGAAGUCUGAAACAAGAGAAUCUAACGAGAAAUACUUCUAUCAGACUGCUGUGGACAAGGCCUUAAAGAGUCCAAACGGACACCUGGACUUGUUCCUCCGCUUCCUCGUGGGUCUUUCACUGCAGACCAAUCAGAAUCUACUACAAGGUCUGCUGACACAGACAGGAAGUAGUUCACAGACCAACCAAGAAACAGUCCAGUACAUUAAAGUGAAAAUUAGUGAGAAUCUGUCUGCAGAGAAAAGCAUCAACCUGUUCCACUGUCUGAAUGAACUGAAUGAUCGUUCUCUAGUGGAGGAGAUCCAACAGUUCCUGAGUUCAGGAAGUCUCUUGACAAAUAAUCUGUCUCCUGCUCAGUGGUCAGCUCUGGUCUUCAUCUUAUUGGCAUCGGAAGAAGAUCUGGAUGUGUUUGACUUGAAGAAAUUCUCAGCUUCAGAGGAGGCUCUUCUGAGACUGCUGCCGGUGAUCAAAGCCUCCAACAAAGCUCUACUAAGUGUCUGUAACCUUUCGGAGAGAAGCUGUCAAGCUCUGUCGUCAGUUCUCACAUCCCAGGCCUCUAGUUUGAAAGAGUUGGACCUAAGUAACAACAACCUGGGGGAUUCAGGAGUGAUACUUCUGUCUGCUGCACUGAAGAGUCCACAUUGUGAACUGGAUACUCUCAGGCUGUCAGGCUGUCUGAUCACAGAGGAAGGCUGUACUUCUCUGGCCUCAGCUCUGAGUUCCAACUCCUCCCAUCUGAGAGAGCUGGACAUCAGCUACAACCAUCCAGGAGACUCAGGAAUAAAGCUGCUUUCAGCUGGAGUGAAGGAUAAAGGUUGGAAAUUGGACACUCUCAGGGUGGAGCCUGCUGGAGUCCAAUGGUUGAAACCAGGUCUGAGGAAGUAUUCCUGUCAACUCACAAUCGACACAAACACAGUAAACAGAAAACUCCAACUGUCUGACAACAACAGGAAGGUGACACAUGUGGAGGAGGUUCAGUCAUAUCCUGAUCAUCCAGACAGAUUUGAUGUUUGGUUUCAGCUGCUGUGUAGAGAUGGUCUGACUGGUCGCUGUUACUGGGAGGUCGAGUGGAGUGGAGAGGUUUGGAUAACAGUGAGUUACAGACAAAUUAGCAGGAAAGGAGGCAGUUAUGACUCUGCAUUUGGACACAACACUCAGUCCUGGAGUCUGCAGUCCACUAACAACGGUCCUCAUUUUGCCUGGCACAAUGACAAAACAAUAUCCUCCUACUCAACCUCCUCUGUCUCUAACAGAGUAGCAGUGUAUGUGGACUGUCCUGCUGGCACUCUGUCCUUCUACCGAGUCUCCUCUGACACUCUGAUCCACCUCCACACCUUCAACACCACAUUCACUGACCGUCUCUAUCCUGGAUUUGGAAUCUGUGCUGCUUCCUCAGUCUCCCUGUGUUGAUUUUAGCAUUGAGGUUUUGCAGAGACAUAACAUUAACCAAAAGAUCUAAGGAACAGGUCAAUAAGGCCCCAAUCACAAGGCUUAGAAAUUGGUUUGUGACCAUCUGGCAGCUACCAAUCAAGAACAAAUUACUAUUUGAGUUAGGAGUAGUUUCUGGAAGUUGACAGUUGCUGGGAAAAUUAUUGCUUGUGCCCCAGUCACACAAGCUUAGAGACCAGUCUUUGAUCCCCCCUGGUAACCACCUGUCAGUAGGCAAAAAUGUGUAUUGCCUA